AUGUCUUACACACCAUAUACAACGCCGACGGGCACUGUUCCACCACCAACGUCCACGACUUACCCGUAUGGCGCUUAUCAGACACCGUACCCAGGAACCUACGCAUAUCAGAACCCUUAUGCGGCUGGCGUAACCAGCUAUGCAUGGCCGUACCCAUACAGUUAUAUGCCUCAUCAGCAUCCGCAGGCGGCUCAAUAUCAGAGGGCUCCGACACAACCAGCGACCCCAGUGGCUACGACUCCUGUACCGGCUCCCGUCCCAGCUCCUGUCAGACCUGCAGUAACGACAGCCCAGGUAGCAACUCCACAACCUGCUCCAGUGGUUGCAACUCCUGCAACUCCUGCAGCUCCCCCGCAGCGUUCAACAGCAACAACAACAUUUUCCACUUAUACACCAGCCUAUAUUCCCCGGGAAAGUACUGCAAUACCAACUUCUUCCUCAAGUCACCAUUUAGGCGGAGGGCGAGGAAGGAGACAGUCUAAUCUCAAAGGGUUGUUCACCAAGGAUUUGCGAAGCUUGAUGUACGGCUUUGGAGACGAUCGGAACCCUUCCAACGAUACCGUCAAUGUCAUGGAGGAGAUUUUGAUAGAAUACAUCACCGAUGUGUGCCAAGUCGCCGGGGCCAACUCCAGGCGGGCACGACUGUCUGUCGAAGACCUUCGCAAAGCCCUAUCUCACCCCGCUGAUGCGAAGAAAUUGGCCCGUUUGGAAGAGCUCAUUUUCAUGCAAGAAGACAUCAAGCGAGCCAGAGGAAUGUUUGACGAAGCAGAGAUCCAGAACCCGAAGCAGUACUAGACACUGGCAGGAGGUACGUCGCAUGGGAUGGUUCCGGCUGUGGUAUAAGUUGUCCACAGCCCUCUAUCAUGGCAGUUUGCUUUCUCUGAAAGGCUCUGGUUGGUGUGUG